AUGGAAAUCUUAAGUGGAGAAGAUUAUAUUUUAAAAGUUUCAAAUGAUAUUGAUGAUUAUGAGGAUGAAGAACUAAUAUUAGCUAUUCUAAAUAUCACAUCAGAUGAAUACAUGAAUACAAUUGUAAAAUUAAAAGGUUAUGGAUAAAAAAAUUUAUGUGCCAAUAUUAUUGAAGAAUCAGAAAUGUUUUACUAAUGCUUUGAUUGCAGUAAAGAUAUUAAUCAAGCCAUUUGUAGAGAGUGCUUCAUUCCUAAAAAUCAUAAAAGUAAAUUCAAUAUUAUAAUUAUAGAUCAUGCUGUAUUUUUAGAGUAAAUUCAAUCUGAAAUGCCAGGAUAUUGUGAUUGCGGUGAUACAAUGAUUUUUGAAACUGGUUCAAUAUGUCCUUAACAUAAUCAUUUUUAACAAAAGUUUAAGAAUGUUUAAUUAGGUUGUAAUUAAAAUUAUUGAUAUUAGAUGAUAAAGUUAUUAAAAAAUAUGAAAAAUUUCUAAUGAUUGCCUUUGGAUUAUUAUAAAAGAAAUUUGAAUUAAUAGUUGAUUAUCCUAAUGAUUUAUUAAAGAAUAUAGAAAAUAUAAUUGAAAGUCUUAAUGAUGAUAUUUUGAAGAAUUAUUUAAAUUCUCAUAAAAUUCAUUUCUAAUUAAUUUAGGAUUCUAUAAAUUAAGCAAAAUAAAUUCAUAAAUUAAUAUUGAAAUGUUUAGAAAUUAUAACAACUGAUAAUAUAGUCUGGAGUUCUUUAACAGCUAAAAUCUUAAAAUAGGAGUUUAAAUGUAAAAUACAAAAUAAUACAAUUGGAUCAAGUUCACUAUUGGAGUAUUAUAUUAAAUAUAGUGCACAUUUAUUUGGAUCACUCAAGUUUGAAUAAGAUAUUUCAAUCUUUUUUCCUUUAUUCUUUUAAGAGGAUGAAUUUAGAACACAUCUUGUUAAAAUUGUUAUAUAAAACUUUUAGAGAUUGUAUCUUCUAAUUCAUUCUUACAAAUUAACUACAAUUAAAAACGAAGAAUUCUAAUUUUAAAUAUAUUAGGAAAUUAAUGAUUAAAAAUUAGCUAUUUUAAUUUAGCAAAUACUUGCUUGUAAUUAAAUCUAAUAAAUUUUGUCUGAAAAUAUAAUAAUUAAGAGUAAAAUUGCAGNCUUUAACAUAAGAUUAAAAUUCAUUAGAUAUUCUAAAAAAAUGAUGAGUUUCUUAAUUAAGAAAAUUUUUAUAGCUGUUUUAUAAAUAAUCAAAUAUUAUAAUAAGAUAAUGGAAAUCUUAAGUGGAGAAGAUUAUAUUUUAAAAGUUUCAAAUGAUAUUGAUGAUUAUGAGGAUGAAGAACUAAUAUUAGCUAUUCUAAAUAUCACAUCAGAUGAAUACAUGAAUACAAUUGUAAAAUUAAAAGGUUAUGGAUAAAAAAAUUUAUGUGCCAAUAUUAUUGAAGAAUCAGAAAUGUUUUACUAAUGCUUUGAUUGCAGUAAAGAUAUUAAUCAAGCCAUUUGUAGAGAGUGCUUCAUUCCUAAAAAUCAUAAAAGUAAAUUCAAUAUUAUAAUUAUAGAUCAUGCUGUAUUUUUAGAGUAAAUUCAAUCUGAAAUGCCAGGAUAUUGUGAUUGCGGUGAUACAAUGAUUUUUGAAACUGGUUCAAUAUGUCCUUAACAUAAUCAUUUUUAACAAAAGUUUAAGAAUGUUUAAUUAGGUUGUAAUUAAAAUUAUUGAUAUUAGAUGAUAAAGUUAUUAAAAAAUAUGAAAAAUUUCUAAUGAUUGCCUUUGGAUUAUUAUAAAAGAAAUUUGAAUUAAUAGUUGAUUAUCCUAAUGAUUUAUUAAAGAAUAUAGAAAAUAUAAUUGAAAGUCUUAAUGAUGAUAUUUUGAAGAAUUAUUUAAAUUCUCAUAAAAUUCAUUUCUAAUUAAUUUAGGAUUCUAUAAAUUAAGCAAAAUAAAUUCAUAAAUUAAUAUUGAAAUGUUUAGAAAUUAUAACAACUGAUAAUAUAGUCUGGAGUUCUUUAACAGCUAAAAUCUUAAAAUAGGAGUUUAAAUGUAAAAUACAAAAUAAUACAAUUGGAUCAAGUUCACUAUUGGAGUAUUAUAUUAAAUAUAGUGCACAUUUAUUUGGAUCACUCAAGUUUGAAUAAGAUAUUUCAAUCUUUUUUCCUUUAUUCUUUUAAGAGGAUGAAUUUAGAACACAUCUUGUUAAAAUUGUUAUAUAAAACUUUUAGAGAUUGUAUCUUCUAAUUCAUUCUUACAAAUUAACUACAAUUAAAAACGAAGAAUUCUAAUUUUAAAUAUAUUAGGAAAUUAAUGAUUAAAAAUUAGCUAUUUUAAUUUAGCAAAUACUUGCUUGUAAUUAAAUCUAAUAAAUUUUGUCUGAAAAUAUAAUAAUUAAGAGUAAAAUUGCAGAAAAGUUUUAUUUUUUUAUUUAAAGAGGCUACAUUGAAAUUCUGAAGUUAUACUAAAAUAUCAAAACUCCAAUAUGCUAUAAUCUAUUUGAUAAUAUCUCAGAUAUGCUCUUAAAAAUGUAAUAAUGAUUAAUAAUUUAGUCAAUUAACUAAUUAUGCUUCUUUGGAAUUUACUGAAACUAUUUGUUGUUUUUUAGAAAUGAUGGGUAGAUGUAAAAAAGGUCUUAAGGGAUUAGUUAAUUAGAUUCACGAAAUCCUUUCAAUAGAUAUUCAUUCCUUUUAAUCUCAAAUAUUAAAUCCAAAUUCUUAAGGAUUUUAGAAAUUAUUAAAUUAAUCAUUAUUGAUUUAUUCAUUAACUAGGAGAAAUCCAUGUUAGCAAAUGAACAAAUCAAAUUUAGAAUUUCAUCUAAAUGAAGAGGAUGAAUUAUCUACAAAUUAUUUAUUAAUUCUAUUAAUAACAAAUUUAUCCUCAUUUAGAUGUGAUUUAAAAUCUAUGAUGUUAGCUAUUGGGGAUUUAACUUCAUAUGAAGUUUAAAAUAUAUAAAGAAUAAUCUUACAUUAUUACCUAAAUAGUUUAGUAACAGUAUUCAAUUUAAAAUAUUAAUCUCCACUGCAAUUAAUCUUAUCUAAUUUAGUCUUAAGUGAUAGAAAUUUUAUAACUGUUUUAUCUAUAUACUUAAUGAAUUUUUCAAAUUCUAAAUAAGCAUAUGAUGAUAUACUAGAGAUUAGUGGAUAAAAUAGUAAAUAAUUAAGAUUAAUUAUGGCUCAUAUAUUAAAAAGGGCUAUUUUAAAUUAUUUGAUUGUUUUAGAUAACAUUUACUACUAAGGGAAAUAAAACUUAUUGAAGGAUUUAGAAGAUGAAGUAUCCCUUUAAAAGGUUGAUUUAGCCUAUAUCUAAAUUUAUGCUUUUCUAUUUUAAGAAUAAGGAAUCAAUGACAUUAUUUAGUUUUAUAUUGAAAUAGCAUCCCAUCUUAAAUAAAACAGAAAUUCAAGUUUGUUAAUUUGUACAAUUGCUUAAACAGAUAACGAUUUAAUAUAAUGUGUUGGAAACAUUAUUGGAAAUUAAUUAAAUAUUUAAUUAUAAAAAGGAUUGCAUAAAUUAUUUUAAACAAUAUUUUAUUCUUAAACAUUUUAUUAAUUGAAUGAAAUGAAGAGUAUACUUAAAUCAUUUAUUAAUGAAAGUUUUAAAGAUUUUGAAAGUUUGAUUUUGUAUUCUUGUGAAAGAAAUUAAGAUAAUGGUUAAUUGUAAUUAAAAAAAGAAAUUAAAUUACCUAUUUAUGAACCAAUUUAUGCUUCAUAAAAUUAAGAAAUUAAAGACAAAAUUAAUGAUAAAUUAUAAAUGUAGAAUGAUAAAUUUGCUGAAUUGUUUGGAUCCUCAUUAUAAUAUGAAUUAUAAUAUUAUAAUACAGAUAAAUCAACUCUUACUAAUAUUAGAUAUGAAAUACUUAAAGCAAUAUCAAAUGAUAAUUAAUAGUAUUUACUAAAUAGCAUUUUAAAUGAUUUGUAAAAUACUUUUUAAUCAAAUUUGGAAUAUAAUAUUAUAGUAAAUCAAUCAAUUAAGAUUUUACAAGAAAAUGCCGUAUAUAUUAAUUUGUUAAUUUUAUCUAAUUCAUUUUUUAAAUCCUCUAAUAUUAUCAUUUAAUAAAGAUUGGAUAAAAUUUUACAUUAUUGCUAAACAAUUUUAUCAAAUUAAAAAAUUAAUAAUACAUAAAAGUACUUUUUUCAAGUCUACUGCUCAAGAUUAGAAAAUUAGAACUUAAUUUAAAAAUUUGAUGAAGUCAAUCAUCAUGAAUAAUAAUAAUCUAAAUCUUAAAAGCAUCAAUAAUAUAAAUAAUAAUUACAAUUAAAAUUCAAUUAAAUGAAGAAUAAUUUUAAUAACAAGAUUAAUAAUAAUGAAUAACCUAUAGAAGAAAUUGAUGAAAAAUGUUUAUUAUGUAAAUUACCAUUUGAAAAAGAGGAUCAAUAAUACUUACCAAUUUUAAUUUAAUACACAAAUAUCUAUUAAUAUUUACAUAUUUUUUAAAUUUAACCUACUAAAGAAAUCAAUAUUUUAUCAGUACAUGUUUCAAAUUGUAAUCAUAUUUUUCAUGCUGAAUGUUUGAAAUAAUAAAUCAAUACUUUUAAUGAUAAGAAUCUAAAAUUUUUUUAAUGCCCUUUUUGUCAUUCUCCUUAUAAUUUCAUGUUACCAAAUUCAAAUAAAAGUUAAAAUAUAGAAAUUUAACAAUUUUAAUUUUCAAUUGAAACUUUCUUAGAAUCACUCUUCAACAACAAUAUAGAAAUUUUUGAGAAAAAUUUUGACAAUUAGGAAUUUGAUGGUUAUUAAUUUCUAGAUAUAAUUUUAUCUUAAAUAUUAUGUAAUUUAACAUUCUAAUUAUUGAGUGAUUUACAGAAUUUUAUUUAAAAGAAUCAACAUCUAUUUAUAUAAAAAAUUAUAGAUUAGAUGAGAUCAUUAUAUAAAAAUUCAGUUUCUAAUCUAAUUGAAAAUAUUAAAUUAAAUGAAACUGAAAUGUUAUUUCAAAUUUUAAAAUUAAUUUACACUCAUCUAAUAAAAGAGCAUAAUAUUUAUAAUUUUUAGUAAAAGCUUUCAAUAUUACUAAAUCCAAACUUUGAAUUGGCUUAAUAAUUAUUUGAAGUAUUUACAUAAAGAAAAAUUAAUAUAUAAAUUAAUAAUAGAUUAUUACCUUAUGACAUUUAAAUAAUUAAGGAUUAAUUCAAAAAAGAAAGAUUUAAUGUCUUAACAAAUAAUUAUGGUUCAUUUUUAGAUUAGAAUUAUUUACUUCCUUGUUAAAAGAAAAAUUGUUAAUUUCCUAAAUUAAAAUUAGAAACUAAAUUUCAAGGAUAAUAUAUUUGUCUUAUAUGUUUCAAAAAAAUGUGCCCAGAAUAUUGUGGUUAACUUAAGCAUGUAUAUAUAUAUAAACAUUUAUAUUUUAGCAUAAUCUCGGAAAUCUAUAAAGACACUCCCAGAAGAAACAUUUUAGGAAAUGUGUAUUCCUUGAUAUUGAAAAAAGCUAAGUUUUAUUAAUAUAUUCCCCUUUUUAUUUGAUUAUGCCUAAUACUCUAUUUACUGAUAAAAUAGGAGAUUCACCAAACAAAGGUCCAUAUCCAAUGCAACAUUAUAAGAAAUUUUAAUUAAAUAUGAAAACAUUGGAUCAAAUAUUUGAGAUAAUUAUGGAAGAGAAGUAUUUAAACAAAUUUCUUGAAAUUUGA